UGACCCUCAGAGAAAAACAAGGUGGUCUUUCAUGUUUCCUGAUAAUUGAAUUGAUUUUCUAUUGGCGCAUCUGAUUCCCUUCCUUUCAAUCUUUUCCUCCCAUGGUGGAUCACCGAAUUAGCUUCUCUUCUACAUAGUUCUUCUUCAUGAUCAUUUUUUUAAGACUAAAUCCUAAGCCACGAUCACACCCUUUUGCUGCCAUAAAUCCCUGUUCGUCUUCCCCAAUCCUCCCAACUCAUCAACUCCUCUUUCUCCUAUUGCAAUCAAUCUUGUUCCACAAGGGAAAAAAUGGUAUGAGUUUUGAGGAUCCUGGGAAGAGGCCUGUAACGGUUGGGCCAUGGGGAGGCGGUGGAGGAUCCCGUUGGGACGAUGGGAUAUAUUCUACAGUCAGGCAAUUGGUGAUUGUUCACGGAGCCGGAAUUGACUCCAUCAAAAUUGAAUAUGAUCAAAAAGGGUGUUCUAUCUGGUCUGAUAAACACGGUGGGAGUGGAGGCCACAAAACUGACAAGGUCAAGCUUGACUAUCCAGAUGAGUACCUAACAUCAAUUCAUGGAUACUAUGGCAGCUUAAACCAGUGGGGGACAAUUGUUAGGUCACUGAGUUUUGAAAGUAACAAGAAAAAGUAUGGACCAUUUGGGGUUCAAGAAGGGACAUACUUUUCAUUUCCUAUGAUAGGAGGGAAGAUUGUUGGGUUCCAUGGCAGGUGUGGCUGGUACUUAGAUGCCAUUGGAGUGUAUCUGAAACCUUUGCAGCAGCAAAACCCAUCCAAUGCUUUACUUCAUUCACAGAACUACCUGGUCAACACGAAUAAUCCUUCACAGAACUACUUAGCCAACACCAGUGAACAUGUUGGCUACUCUGUAAUACAAGGAAGUAUGGGUGAGGGCUUUGAUAUUGUUCUUGCUGUGAGGCAGAAGGAUGGCUCUGGUAAACCUAUUCCAAGCAAUUUCCCUGCUGCUCCCAAGAUUACUGAAAUACGCGAACCUGAACCCAUCAAACAUCACAAAGAGAAGGUACCCUUCCCUGUUAAAUAUAACAAAGAGAAGGCAGAGAAGGCACCUGACGCCAUUAAAGAUCACAAAGAAAAGGUACCCAGCCCCAUCAAAGACCAGAAAGAAAAGAUGCCCAGCCCUUUUAAAGACCAGAAAGAAAAGGCGCCUGACACCACUAAAGACCACAAACAGAAGAUUGCUCGUGCGGAUAAGGUAACCUCAAAGGUUGAAGGCGUGAUAACAUAUGGACCUUGGGGAGGUAAUGGCGGGAGUAUCUUUGAUGAUGGAGCCUACAGUGGAGUUAGACAAAUCAACUUAUCCCGUAAUGUUGGGAUCGUGUGGAUUAGAGUUUUGUAUGAUCAAGGUGGGGAAGCCAUAUGGGGAAAUAAACAAGGUGGAACAGGAGGGUUUAAAACUGACAAGAUAGUUUUGGAUUUUCCGUUCGAAGUAUUGACGCACAUAAGUGGUUACUAUGGACCAUUGAUGUACAUGGGACCUGCAACGAUAAGGUCACUCACUUUCCACACCACCAAGAGGGUGUAUGGACCAUUUGGAGAUGAACAAGGAACUCAUUUCACCACUAAGCUGAAAGAAGGGAAAGUGGUUGGCAUCCAUGGGAGAAAAGGUUUGUUUGUUGAUGCUAUUGGUGUGCAUGUAAUUGAAGGAAAAGUAAUAACACCAGCGCCGACUACACCUCCUUGCAAUGCAAUCCUCCCUAAAGAACCCAGCACUGCUGAAAUAAACAAUGCUCUGCCCGGAAAACUGGUGCUCCAUAAACAGGCACCAUUAGAAGAGGUUUCUUACGGGGUGAUCAAAGAACCAGCUCCUUGCGGACCAGGUCCAUGGGGAGGGGAUGGAGGCAGACCUUGGGAUGAUGGAGUCUUCUCAGGGAUCAAGCAGAUUUACCUGACAAGGGUAUCAGAAGCCGUUUGCUCAAUUCAAAUUGAGUAUGAUCGAAAUGGUCAAUCUGUUUGGUCCGUGAAGCAUGGAAGUAAUGUAGGAGAAACAAUGCACCGGAUAAAAUUGGAGUACCCACAUGAGACACUGACUUGCGUAUGUGGGUAUUAUGGACCAAUCGCUAAAGAUGAGCGGCAAGUAGUGAUAAAGUCACUGAGUUUCUUUACAAGCAGAGGAAAGUAUGGGCCUUACGGUGAGGAAGUAGGGACGUUUUUCACUUCAACUACAACAGAAGGGAAAGUGGUGGGUUUCCAUGGGAGGAGUAGCUUGUACUUGGAUGCAAUUGGAGUCCAUAUGCAACAUUGGCUGGGAAGUCAGAAAACCUCCAAGUCCUCACUUUUCAAGCUAUUCUGAUAUGAAAAUAUUAACUGUUUGGCGUUUCAGACAAAGUUUAAUUUAAAGGAGUUCAAGUUUCAAAUUAGAAUAAGAAAUCAAUUGCUUGUGUUGCGGUGGUUGUUCUGUUAACCAACAGUGUUAAGAUUUGUUGUACAAUUCUGAAUAAUGUGUGUUUGAAAUGCUGCUAAUUUAACUAGUUAAAGACAUUAAUAUAAAACCAUGUGGUUUCUGUCUUUGACCA